AUGUCGUUGCUCGGUUACAUCAGCCGCUUCUCUACUGCAAUCGCGGUCGGAUCCAUCUCAUUCGCGGGGCUCGUGCUGUGUGCGUGGAGUUCAGCUUUUGCUUCCUUCUUCAUCCAAGCGUCGAUGGCUGACGGGCAAGACGAUCGGGGCGCUCGCAUCUUUGGCUGUCUGUUUGCAGGGACCUCGAUUCUUGCCGUCUCGUUGAUUCGAUUGCUCAUGUUACUGGUCAAGGAUCACAUCCAUCGCCACUGCGACGGAGAAGAGGGGGAACAGACCGAGCACAUGGGCAAAGCUACGACAGCCAUUGGAUUCUUUAUAGGUUUUGGUUUGCCGUGGGUUGCUCUGGAAACGGUGCUCAAUGGGUUUGUGUCGACCUACAAACUUGUUUUUGCAGCAACCAUGUGCAUUCUCUGGCUUUUUGCCAGUGACACGACGGACAAAGUCAGGGCAAAACAUGGCGACAACAACAAGCGACGAAGUUGCGUGGGCAUCUUUUUCCUUUGGGUACUGGAAUUUACGCUUCACGUUCUCUUUACAAGCUCCGUUACGAUUUGGCUCAUGGAAUACGCAUUUGGGAAGGUGCUCGAGGGACAGUCAAACCUUUGUGUUUUCAUGUAUGCUUGGACGGUCUCAUCUGUUGUAGCCAUUUCAACCUACCGAAUGCAAGCCAAUUUGUCUUCAAGAUUCCGGUGCUGCUUGCGUAUGAGUUACUUGCAGUGGAAUACGAAGGACAAGCGUCAACGCAAGGCCUAUUUCGCUGAGAAUUUGUUUGCUCUUGUGGCCGUGGUAACAUUGAGCUCCAUAUGGAUGAGGGUCCAGGUCUUUCACAUGACAAUCGAUCCAACUAUGGCUCAUUCCGCUAUAGCUUUUUUGAACAUUGGUUCGUUGUUGUUGUUGGCCCACAACUUUGUUGUGUUUCUGGAGCCUGAAGAGGGAUCUCCAGAGGAUGGCAAGGAUGACUCUAAGGGCAAACAAUUCGACUGGCAGGACGAGCUCUCAGUCCCAUUAGUGAGAGUGGUGUAA